ACUGUGUGAAGAUGAGAACCCUUCAGGCAUCCGGCAGUUUUGACUUACAGUUAUAGCAUUUUCAUCCAUGUAAUCUGAGUUUUAUAUUGUAUAAUUCCAAAUAAUUCAGAACCAUAAACUGCAUAUUUACAUAUUGCAUCCCUGCAGACUCUUGCAUUUCAUGUUUAUGGUGCCCUGAUACCAUCUUUCUGUUGUUGAUCUUCAAACUUUACUCAUGUUUACUUGUGUGUACAGUCAUUAGUCAUGGUUUCAUAUACUGUUAGGGCUUUGUGGCUUUAGAGUGUGUAUAUGAGUGCAGAAUAUCAAAGCUUUUAGAAAACAGAGUGCAUUUCAACCCCUGGCCCAGAGAUUCAGACAUGAUCAGGUAAUGCUGUGACUAAAGAAAGUUUUUGAAAGCCCAGUAAAAUGAGAAUGUAUUGUAUUCUACUGUUUGAGAAGAUAUAAAUAUGUGCUGGGCUUUUUGCUUUAAAACCUGUAGUGUUUUGCAAACUAUCUGAAAAUCGAAUUCACUUUUACAUCAGCCCCCUCAACUCUCACUACAGGUAAUGCUGUAUGGAAAGGACUGGAAAAAACACAGUGCAAACCACACAGAAACAUUUUAUCCGUUAAUCACAAGCCAAUUUCUGCUGCUGAUUUGCAAAGUGAUUUUCCUACUUGAAAUUUUGCAUUUCUAGAAAUGUCACAUACCCUCUAACAAGCUGGCAACAGAUGGAACAAAUGCUAUCACACUGAUGAGAUCUUGUUUUGAUCUUCUUGUUCCUUUAACCUUCUCUUUGCAGACUUGAUAUUACUUUUACAUACUACCAAAAUGAUCAGAAUCAACAACACCCAAUACUUCCACUUCCUGCAGCAAGCAGAUGCCUUGCGUCGCUCAGGGUCACUUUGUGAUGCCAUCAUCUCAGUAAAGAGUCAGACUUUCAAGGCUCAUCGGCUGGUAUUGGCCUGUGCUAGUAGAAGGCUAGCGCAGCAUCUAGCCCAGGGAGACACAGACAGUCCAGUUCACUGCACUUUGGAGUAUUUCUCACCCCGCACCUUCCAGCAGGUCCUGGAAUUCACCUACACUCAGACUCUUGAGGUGUGUGUGGAUGACCUGCAGCUGCUGCUUGGAGCUGCUCAGCUGCUGGAGAUGCAGCCACUGGAGGACCAGUGCCGGAAGCAGUUGGACACCCUCAACCACAGAGCGGGGAAAGAGGACAAAAGAGGAGAAAGAACAGAUGUCAAAAAAGAAGAAGAAAGUGUAGAGGAGGUAGAUAAAAAGACAAAAGGAAAUCAGGUUCAAGAGGAGACAGUCCAAGUGACUUCCCUGCCAAUGGAGAAAGCAAGCAAAAGCAUUGUCACGGGUUUGUCAUCGCCUGAUCCUCCAAAGAAUCACAACAGUCAGCCAUCCCCAAGAAAGAAGCGCAGACUGUCCCCUAUACCAGUAGCACCUUACAACAGAGACAGCGUUAUCACGAGGCCUGCCACCAGCAGCUCCUCCUUCUCUUCUCCCUGGCCAUUCUCUGCAAACAUGUGGAACUCUGUGAGCACCCUGAAGCAGAUAGCUGAAAACUAUCCAAACCUAAUUGCAGCACACUCUUUUCAGCCUCCACAUCAGUCCUCUGUAGCAUACCCAUUCAGCCUCUCCACUCCCCACAUGCUCCCCAUACUGGCCCCCCAUUUUCAAAACCCAGGUCACAGCUCUGCAUUGGGCAGCUCAGGGUUUUAUCCAUACUACAAACAAAAUCUUUACGCCAGAUCUACAGGGAUAAUUAAGCAAAGCCUGGUAAAAAGAAGAAAACCCAGUCAGAGAGCGUUUAGCAGGACUGUUCAAAGUGGUGAUCCGAGUUUUGCUGAGGUGCCCAAUGCCAGCACAGAGAGAAUUACAGCCUGCCAAAAGUGCAAUAGGAAUCUCCUUGGUAGUCCGGUGCAGCGGGAGUCAUCCUCCACACCAUCAGGUGAGGCCUGUGCGGAGUGUCACUUCUGUGGAAGAGGAGAGGUGGUGCAACAUGGACCACAAGCCCAUCAGCAAGACCACAGAGGAGAAAAACCCUAUCAGUGCCAGAAGUGCUCCAAGAAGUUCAGUCUGAAACAUCAACUGGACACACACCACCGAAUUCACACAGGAGAGAAACCCUUUGAGUGCCGUCGCUGUGGUCACUGCUCACGAGACUAUUCAGCCAUGAUCAAACACACGGCGGGGCUGCACCCUACCAGUAGACACAUCAAGAGCCACGCGGUGCAGGACUUCCCUCCUGACUGGAGCAUCAACAGCACCUACCUGUAUAAUUCCCACAUUUGA